CAUUUUACCUUUUCUUACCAUUUAAACACCACUUUAAUCAUCAAUUAAACACAAGCUAAUUACCAAAGGCCAAAUGACCAAAUUGCCACUACUCUUGCUCCAAUUCUAUAAAUAGAGGCCUUGCCUCUCUCAUUUCUCAAGCUUUGAGAGCCAACAAAUCCCUUGCAAUUUCUCUCCUCAUCCCUACCAAAUUCACCAAAGCUCUUUUUCUUUCAUAAAGUUUGUGAGUCACAUCUUGAACCUCACAAACUUUGAGCUAAGCCACCAUCCAUUUCACUCUUUUUUCUUCAAUUGUUGAGAGAUCAAGAUUUGUGUUGGUGAUUCUUGAAGUAGAUCCAAGUUUGUGCAAGAUUUGUGCAACGCUCGUGCUAAGAAGAAAUGGAAAGUAUCAAACAAGAGAUUCUUGAACUCCGCAAAGAGGUGGUUACUUUGAAGGCUGGUAUGGAGCAUCUGACUGCUCUGGUUGAGGCUCUAGUUGCUGCCCAAGUCAAUCCUCCUAUGAUGGAAGAAAGGAUGGCAAAGGUCUUUCUUGAAACUCUGAACUCGUUCUUUCCCAAGGGGACAGUAGUCAGUACACCUGCUGACUUCCACAGAGAGGUGGGUAUGAAAGCGCUUCUAGAAAAGGAUGUCCGAAAGGAAUGUUUGUUUGAAGAAGGUAACUCAGCUGGUAGUGUGAAGAAGUUUGGUAAUGACUUUUCAAAGAAGAGAAUCAGGGGAGGAAACAAUCAUCAUCAACAUCAUCAUGUUUCCUAUAUCAUUCCUGUAUCCAAUUCAAUUCAUGCAACUCCAGAUUAUCAGCAAAGUACUCGUCAACAAGCUCCUCCACUGAAUGAGCAAAAUCAAUCUCGAAAGCCUAAUUUUGAUCCUAUCCCUAUGACCUACACAGAAUUGUUCCCUGCUCUAAUUCAUAAGAAUUUGGUUCAGACAAGGUCACCACCUCCAAUUCCAGAGAAGAUUCCAUGGUGGUACAAUGCUGAUGUUACUUGCGCUUUUCAUCAGGAUGCUCCCGGACACAGUUUAGAAGAUUGUUGGGCUCUAAAGGUUGAAGUUCAAAGAUUGACUCGUGCUGGUAUUUUGUCUUUCCGAGACAUUGGCCCUGAUGUUCAAGCCAAUUCUUUGCCAAAGCAUGAAUGAAUCACUAUUGAUGGUAGCCUGAAGUUUGAAAGAUGUUUCCUUCAGCACAAACCCAGAUGGAGAAAGCCUUCUCAGUUUUUUUAGUAUUCUUACUGAUUUUCAUUUGUAAUAUUACUUGUUUUUCAAAUGCAUUGUUUGCAUGUAGAAACUUGUUUAUUUUUGAAUGUUAAUGCUAAUGCAACAAUAAUGUUUGUCUUGAAGUAAUCCAUUC